AUGUCCAGACAAUCGGUGCCAGAAAUCCCUCUCCAUUGUUACUGGGAUUGGGCUCUACCACAAAACAGCUGGGAUGGACUCCAAGAUACCGUGUUCACUUCCGAGACGCUGCAAUUGAUGAUCGGAGGCAAGAUGAUGCCAACGUCGUUCGUCAAUGCGGCCAUCAAGCUCCUCAUACUCACAACACUGGACUCGAGCGAGACAGCUGCCGUUCGAUCCAUGGACUCUCAAAUCUACCGACUCAGUUCAGUCGAUCGACAUGUCGUCCUAGAUGGCGUCGACCUCCUACUUGUCCCGUGGAUUCACAAACAACAUUUCACCCUCAUGCUGGCUCAAUUCGACACUAAACCACAACUCGACGAUAACACGCUUCUCGCCUGCCGAUGUUAUCAUAUCGACUCUCUCCCGCGGGCCCGUAAAUCACGUAUCGAUCGCCCUCUCGACCAGUUUGUGGAACUCUUACAAGCAAGCAGACCUACAUGUGCAUGUGCUUUCGCCUUGAAACGGCACGCUCUCGGUCUGAUGUUCGACAGUCAAGGCGGUCGGGAAGAAACGAUAGCUGGAAUCGCCGCGGCCACCCGCACCCGAGAUAUAUGGAAGGAGUCCAUCAUGAGUAUAUCAGCCCGUCCUCAAACCCGUCAAUUGCUCGAGCUCAACAGCUCGUCUACGGCCUACAAGUCGUCAUCUCGGCCUGUUCAUGUAGAUCGGGGUACGAAUCGCAUGCCAAUAGACGUGCCCGACGACGGAAACGAGAUGGACCCUCACUGGGUACGUGGGGUCGAGCAGGACGGAGACCAGGCGAAUACGUUCGAAACAGAUGAGGCCGGAAACGAUCGGGCUGCCAGAGAGGCUGAGACCGGACUUGGGGACGGAGACGAGCAGGAUCGUGACAGCACCAAGGAGCGCCGGCCGAGUACAUGGCCAGACAACGAAGAUGGACACGAGAUAGGUCAAGGCGAGCAACCAGCGAGGAGAGAGGUCAAUCGAUCGAGUGAGCGGGAUCAGCGCAUGCACGAGGGCAUGCUCGACCGCCGGCCUAGUAAACGUAACAGGACUGGCAGCCACCGCCGGCCUAGUAAACGUAACAGGACUGGCAGCCACCACACCGGCAGCGAUAACGUGGUGUCUGGAAAGCAUGACAUGGAUGAAAGGUGGCCUGGGGAGAUCGAUGACGGCCCUCCUUUGGCGCCCCCCGGAUCGUAUUCCAUCGUGCCUUUCGAGCGCUGCUUUCAGUGCCCGGAAGUCACGGGACUUACUCGACUUGUCGCCGCCCAAACGAAUCGUCAAAGGCUAUGGAUGAACCACCUCAUCCGGGCAGGUGAUGCGUAUUGGCUCUGUACAGACCAUAUCUGCCAUCAUCGAAUAAACACCCCUCGCGCUUGUCGGGACAGGGGCUCCCGAAUACCUCCCGGACAACUGAAGCGACCUCGAGGCACCCUGAUCCCGACGAAGCAUGGCAGACCCAAAUGCUGGAAGCACCAUCAACAGGACGAAACGGACAGAGAGAAACAUCAGCACCGUGGCGGAUCACUUUCAAGAGAGCCGGUGAUCGACCCAUCGACCAACGCAGGGAGCGAUGAUAAGCCGGAACCCGAGCCAGACAUCAGUCAUCAGGCGACAACUGACCUGACAAACCACCACAUCAAGGCGGAUGUCGUCACUACGUCAACUGAUAGCCUGCCGGAUGAGUGGGAAGUGACCGACGUCGAGACGAUCACCAUCAUUACUCGCACCAAUCGUCGGACGGGUGAGAAGAGGCAAAUACAAGUCAAACACACGCACAGCUUCCCCCCAGAGGCAGUCGGGCAUGGUUAA